CAGUACGGAAAUCUUCUUAGUUUCCCCAUAUGGUGAUAUUUCCUAAGCUUUUCCACUGAUCACAGACUCUCACUAAUUCACUAGCUACUGUUUUCUUUUUCAUCAUCAUCAUCUCUUGUCAAUUUUUUUCCCCAAAAGGUAGGCAUCUCUGCCCCUAUCUGGCGUCCCACCGCUCACUCUCUAGAUUAUGGUUGGCGUGACUAUCAUUGCAUCACUCUGUAAUUCUUGAAUCGUGAUCCGGAAGAGAGCCCAAAGUGAUUGAACUCUGUUCAUUCAGCGUGUCUUAUUUCGCCAUUAACAGAAAGGGGGGGGGGGAUUGGGGAGAAAAAGGUUGCAUUUUCUCCUUAUUUCUUGGUGGAUUGAAAAAUUUUAGGUGACGAUGGGUGAAGGAGAAAUAAGGACAGAGGGGGUAUGUGAUGUCGAUGAUACGAUUUUCGUGGCUGUGGGAGAGAAUGUGGAGGAGGGCAAAUCUUUGUUGUCCUGGGCAUUGAAAAGCUUUGCUGGAAGAAAUAUCUGUAUUCUUCAUGUUCAUCAGCCUACUCAUUCACCUUCCCUCAUGAAUGAAAGGCUUUCAGAAGCAGUUGAGAAAUUUCAGGAAAUUGAACACCAAAAGAUGCACAGCAUUUUGAAUCAGUAUCUUCAACUUGUUGAGCAAGUCGGGAUUCGACCAGGUAAAAUUUGGAUUGAAAUGAGCAAUAUCGAGCAAGGAAUUCUACACAUCAUUUCUCAUCAUGGAGUUAAAUGGCUUGUUAUGGGAGCAGCUGCAGAGAAAUACUACUCCGAAUUGCAGGAACUUGUCAGAACUCAAGUCAAAUAAAGCAAUUUUUGUUUGCCACCAUGCACCAGUUCCAUGCCAAAUUUGGUUUUCCUGUAAAGGUUGCCUCAUUCGGACUAGGUCUGAUGAAAUUGGAUCUCAUUUAGCUGGGGUUGUGCCAUUGUCUUCUAAAACAAACAAGGUGACAUCAUUUUUGCAACAUCAUAAAGAAGAUGCUGACAAAGAUGUUAAGAUUACAGUGUCUGAAUUUGAAGAAAACAUGGUUCAUGGUCAGAAUUUAACACAUUCAAUGACUGGAGAUGGCUCAUCAUUAUACUUACCACAUUCAAUGACUGGCGAUGGCUCAUCAUUAUACUUACCAAGCAGUUCGCAAGAUUCACCUUUUUCUUCAUCUGUAGAUUUUCUGGCUGAAGCAUCAGAGACUUUUUACUUGAAAGAGAUUAACUCGAGAAGUUAUAUGGAAGAUUUGCUGAAAAAGCAAAGGCAAGAACUAGAAAAAAUGAAAAAUAAGCACAAUCAAAUCGUAAAGGAACUUCAGCUGGUCCAGAACCAAAAGCUUUCUUUAGAAAGAAAAUUCAUGGAAAACUGUUCUACAGAGGAGGAGUUAGAGGAGAAGAUUAUACAAGCAGUGAAACUCUUGAUAAGUUUCAAGGGGAAGCGUGAUCUGCUAUGGAAAGAGCAGGAAAGGGCAUUAAGAGAAUCUCAUAAGUUUCAAAAAAUGGUAAAAGAAGAUGUUUGUGCCAUGCAUGUCUCUCAUUCCUUUGAUAUUUCUUUCUCGGAGAUCAUUGAGGCUACUCGAACUUUUGAUCCAUCGAUGAAGAUUGGAGAGGGAAGAUUUGGGAGUGUUUACAAGGGAAUAAUUCACCAUGUCAAGGUAGCUAUAAAGAUGUUGCCCUCCUGUGGUUCUCAAAGUGAUUCCGAUUUUGAACACAAGGCAGAAAUUUUAAGCAGGGUCAGGCAUCCAAACCUUGUCACACUGCUUUGUGCCUGUACUGAAUCUAGGUCACUUAUUUAUGAGUACCUUGAAAAUGGAAGCCUUGAAGAUCACCUUGCUGGCCAUUUGAAGAGUCGUUCUCUUCCCUGGCAACUUCGCCUAAGAAUUGCUAGCGAGAUAUGCUCUGCCCUCAUCUUCCUGCAUGCACACAAAAGCAGUAUAGUCCAUGGUAAUCUAAAGCUUAGCAACAUCCUUCUUGAUGCCAAUUUUGUCAGCAAAAUAAGUGACUUAGGUAUCAAAAACUUCCAAAAUGGUGAGAAUCCAUGUGGUAAGAAUGACUUGGAGGCUUCUAUAUAUCUCGAACCAGAAUAUGUUGAUGGAAGGCAUGUGACAGAAUCUGAUGUAUACUCGUUUGGAAUAAUACUAUUACAACUUUUAACAGCAAGACCUGCCUCCAGUAUAAUUAGAGAUAUGCGGUGUGCCAUGGAAGUUGGGAAUGUAAGUACUGUUUUGGACCAUUCAGCUGGUGACUGGCCACUUGAGCAAGUGGAACUGUUGGCUUUUUUGGCAUUAAGGUGCUGUGAGGAGAAGCGACUCAAUCAACCAGACCUAGUGGCAGAAGUUUGGCCCGUAAUUGAACCUAUGAGAGACUUGUGCACUUUGUCAUGCUUGGGUUCAACUUCUUCGCGCUUGGAUUUGACUGCUCAGCAACGGAUUCCUUCUAAUUUUGUCUGUCCCAUAUUUCAGGAAGUAAUGAAGGAUCCACACAUAGCAGCUGAUGGUUUUACAUAUGAAGGCGAUGCAAUAAAAGGAUGGCUGAACAGCGGUCACAAGACUUCACCUAUGACAAACCUACAGCUCGAUCAUUGCGAUCUGCUUCCUAACUACGCUCUUUACUAUGCAAUUCAGGAAUGGCAACAAAGGUCCUGAAACAUUUUCUUGCUUUUUAGGAGUACAUAGACCUGACAAGCAUUGGUACAUAUACCUUAUAAAUGCGUAAUACAGUGUAAAGAGAAAACAUAGCAGUGCAAGCUACAUGUGCCUUGAGUCAUAUGAUCAACUGAUCCAGGAAUGAGGUCUUUCAAACCACUGGAAACAUCUUCUCUAGCAUAUUUAGAAUAUGCUGAUGCAUGUUUUAUAUUUGACUUGAAGGCCAAAGCGUUGUUCUCAGUUGGUUUAGGUAAUUCGACUGCUGAAGUAUGAAACGUUUUCCUGCUUUCUAA